AUGGCGGCUCCACUGCAGAUGAUUCAUGCAGAAGAUUUGGAGAACGCUGACGAUCUCUCCUCUUAUGAAGCACCGCCACACAAUCUGUACAUCAACCAGGACAGCGCCAUCUACAAGCUCGGGGGUCCAGUCACUCGCAUCUUCUGCUCCGAAAGCCCCUUUGAUGUUAUGCUUUGCUGGCGAUCCGUCUGUGCUAAAUGUACAGGUAAACCCGAUGCUGGAUCAGGCCUGACUGACAACAACAUGAGUCCUCACAACUCACCCUUCCAAGGUCGUCCAUUCGUGCAUUGCGCUCACCACAGGGACUCCAGAGCCCUUGGGAUCCUCUACUUCGAGCCGGAGGAAGGGGACGAAGUGUCUUUGGAAAUUCCAGUCAAGAAGGUGCCAUACCAGAUUGUGUUCACGGAUCUUGCCAAUGAAUGCUGGCCGCGAGCAGGCACACGCGGCACGCGCUCUGGUCUGAUCUGCAACCUUAAUUGGUGCCAUGUCUGCAGUCCAGGCGAGAGGAACUAUAGGCUGUGGGAACAGGACCAAGAACGGUUAACAAGAAUAGCAGCUGAGUCGAGUCGCGGUACGAUGGCUCAAGGAUCUCAAGAAGAGAACAUGUCGGCAGCACCAGAGCCGGACGGCUCGAAUAGCGGGGAGCCUCAAGAGGAGUCGACCGUGACAGCAGCACCAGGGACCGACAACACGCCUAGUCAAGCGACUGAAGCGGACGCAAAGCGCGACUUGGAAGCAACGAAGGGUACUGUUGAUGGUCAAGGGCCAGCAGAGAAGGCGGCACUACCAGAUGAACGGCACGAAAAGUAUGCUCUGGCCCAAGAAGGUGAAACGGAUAGCAAGAUCGGGGCUGCAAGACCGAAUGACGAUGCCAACGUGCAAGAGGCUGGAGAAGAGUCGAAACUUGGUGUUACACAGUCGGAGGACCAUGCAGAGGGUCAAAAGACUGUGCAAAGCCUUGUUGCCGCCACAGCACAGCCAGAGGGUCCUGCAACGGGUCGCGAUGCAGUUCUUGAAUCCAUGUUGGCUACAGCACACCUGGGAGUUGAUGCAUCGGUCCAAGUGCUCGAAGAGGACGCACAGGCUGAAGCGCCUGCCCCGGAGCACGGCACAGACGACCAAGGACCUGCAGAGGAGAGACCGUCCGUUGCGACACAGCUGGGGAGCGAUGAGGGCCAUCGAGAUCGCCUGCAAGAGGUCUCAACUCCAGCAGUACGACCGGGUGACCAUGCAACGGUUCCACAGUCCGCAGCACCAUCAAAUUCCCUCGCGGCACGACAGCCCAUCCCCAUCUAUGGCAGCGACUCCGAGGAAGAUAUUCGCGGAGGAGCGCGGAGACCCAUCAGCAUACACGGGAGCGAUUCCGAAGAGGAUACUGGCACUGCCGCUCCUCUCGAUCAAGCCAGCGGAGCAGUCCAGCUUUUCGGCUACAAGUACAUCAAGAAGUCCGGAAAGAAGACGAAGCACAUCAUGUGGAACCAUCCUAGAGAAGGAGAACCGGGCUACAAGCCUCGGCCACCUCCGCCGCCCCCACCUGGAUCAGGGGCAGCUGGUGGUAUUGUCUCUUGA